UAAUGAUUUUAUCAAUCAAUAUGGCGACCAAUAUGGCGUCGGUUUGAAUUUUAAUGCUCCGGCAAAACCAAAAACAUUUAUUGUUUUGUAACUAAAAUCUAUUUUGUGAGCCAAGAUGCCCGGUUUAGAGACAGUGGGUCAAGAUUUAGAUGUGCCGCUACACAUUCUGCAGCGAGAGGCGGCGGAGGCGGCUCUCGCAGAAGCACCACAGGAUGCACCGAUCACAACCUCUGCCAACAUUGGCCUCAUCUAUCCGCCUCCUGAAGUACGCAACAUCGUCGACAAGACUGCCAGUUUCGUAGCACGAAACGGGCCCGAGUUCGAGGCUCGAAUCAAAGCCAAUGAAUUGGGCAACCCGAAGUUCAAUUUCUUGAGCACCGGCGACCCUUACCAUGCCUAUUACCAACACAAAGUGGGCGAGUUCAAAUCGGGCCGAAUUACCGAAGCACCCGGAGGUAUCCAAAAGCCUCUGCUUGCUUCCGCUCAGCAGAAGCAGCUAGAAAUUUUGAAGCAGGUAGAGCAGCCUUUCAUCCCCCGAGAGCCACCUGCAGAGUUUGAGUUCGUUGCUGAUCCACCUUCUAUCUCGGCUCUUGACCUUGACAUAGUAAAGCUUACGGCACAGUUUGUGGCAAGGAAUGGACGGCAAUUCUUGACCAACUUGAUGAACAGGGAGCAGAGAAACUACCAAUUUGAUUUUCUUCGUCCUCAGCAUUCUCUCUUCCAAUACUUCACCAAGCUCUUGGAACAAUACACUAAAGUUUUGAUACCGCCAAAAGAACUUCUGUUCAAGCUUCGAGACGAGGCUAAAAUUCAGCAGAUUGUGCUGGAUCAUGUGCGCUAUCGAGCUGAGUGGCUUAAGCAUCAAGAGGCGCAAAGAAUGAGAGAGGCAGAGGAGCUGGAGAAGGAAAGAGUUGCCUAUGCUCAAAUUGACUGGCAUGACUUUGUGGUUGUGGAAACUGUUGACUACCAGCCAUUUGAGCAUGGCCACUUUCCUCCACCAACCACUCCUGAGGAGGUUGGUGCCCGAGUUCUGAUGCAGGAGCGUAUUGAGGACGGCCAGGAAGUGGCCAUGCAAUUGGACAGUGACGAAGAAGGCCGAGACAAUACACAGGUCACCGACAUGGAAGAGGCAUCAAGUGAUGAAGAAGAAGAAAUUCGACGACCGACAAUGCUGGCUCCGAGGCUCAAUCCUGCACCGGCAACUUUGCCAAUGGCUCAAGCGCAGCCGCCGCCUUUGCCUCCAGUUCCUGACAAAGUGCUGGUUAAAAAAGGCUAUGAUCCCAAACAAGCCAAGGGUAAAAUCUCGUCCGCAACGGAAGAGUAUCUCAUUUCUCCCAUCACUGGUGAGCGAAUUCCUGCCAGCAAGGUGCAAGAACACAUGCGAAUUGGCCUCCUUGAUCCACGCUGGGUGGAGCAGCGAGAUAAGCACAUUAAUGAGAGAAUGGGCCAAGACACGGUUUACGCCCCAGGCACGGCCAUCGAGGCCAGUCUUAAGCAAUUGGCUGAAAGACGUACUGAUAUUUUUGGUGUUGGUGAUGAAGAAACUGCUAUCGGUAAAAAGAUCGGUGAGGAAGAAAAGAAGAAAGAUGACAAGGUAGGUCGUCAUAUCACAUGGGAUGGCCACACAUCCUCUGUCGAAGCCGCCACCCGAGCUGCGAGGGCAAACAUCAGUCUUGAAGAGCAAAUCCACCAGAUCCACAAAACCAAGGGUCUGCUGCCUGAUGAAGAGAAAGAGAAAAUUGGUCCUAAGCAUGUCUUGCUGGCUGCCUCCAUUAGUAAAGGGCCGCAGCCACCGUCAAAGCAGCAACUUCCUCCUCUUCCAACCGUGACCAACAAGCCAGCCACCAUCAUUGCUCUUCCAAAACCGCCCCCGCAACCAAUGUCAAUGCCUCAGAUGGCUGGUCCUAACCCAAUGGGUCCUGGCCCACAGCAAAUGUUGAUGGUGCCGCCUCCAGCCAUGCGAGCUCCGCCACCGCUGAUGGCCAGACCUGCCUACCCUGCACCUCCAAUGCCACCCUACAUGCCUCCAACUAGUGCCCCGGUGGUGCCGCCUCCGCAGCCGAUGAAACACCCUAUGGAGGUUGACUUGGAGGAAGCUCCUGGAGCAAAGAGGCAGCGAACCGAAGACACUCUCAUGCCCGAAGCUGAGUUUCUGGCCUCGCACAAAAGCCCUGUGCAGUUUAAGGUCAUUGUUCCGAACCAGCCUGACAAGGGCGAGUUUCGUCUGCGCGGUCAGAUGGUUGGUGUCAGCAUGAGCCUGAGCGAACAGGUAACCCUUCUCAAGGCUAAACUACAAGAAGAGACGGGGCUACCACCUUCUAAGCAGAAGUUGAACUGGGAGGGUGUUUUCUUCAAGGAUGGCAAUACCCUGGCUUACUACAACAUCAUGCCUGGAAUGGUUAUCAACUUGUCCAUCAAAGAGAGAGGUGGAAGGAAGAAGUAGAACUACAAUAUUUCUUAAAUCAUCAAGUUUUUUUGCAUUUUAUUUUGUAUUGGGUUUGCGCCGUAAUAAAUCUAUCCAACUCGCAA